AUGGCUCCGCGGCUGUGCAGCAUCUCUGCGGCGACGCGACGGUUGAUGGGACGCCCGAAGCCCCGAGCAGGGGACCUUGCGGCUGCCGCGCGCUUCUAUUCCAAGGACAAUGAAGGUAGCUGGUUCCGCUCCCUCUUUGUGCACAAGGUGGAUCCCCGGAAGGAUGCCCACUCCACCCUGCUGUCCAAGAAGGAAACAAGCAACCUCUACAAGAUCCAGUUUCACAAUGUGAAGCCUGAGUGUCUGGAUGCCUACAACAGCCUGACGGAAGCUGUGCUGCCCAAGCUGCACCUGGAUGAGGACUACCCCUGCUCACUCGUGGGCAACUGGAACACAUGGUACGGGGAGCAGGACCAGGCAGUACACCUGUGGCGAUUCUCAGGUGGCUACCCAGCCCUCAUGGACUGCAUGAACAAACUCAAAAACAACAAGGAGUACCUGGAGUUCCGAAAGGAGCGGAGCCAGAUGCUGCUGUCCAGGAGAAACCAGAUGCUCCUUGAAUUCAGCUUCUGGAAUGAGCCACAGCCCAGAGCAGGCCCCAACAUCUAUGAGCUGAGGACAUACAAACUCAAGCCAGGAACCAUGAUUGAGUGGGGGAACAACUGGGCGCGGGCCAUCAAGUACCGGCAAGAGAACCAGGAGGCAGUGGGCGGCUUCUUCUCGCAGAUAGGCGAGCUCUACGUUGUGCACCAUCUCUGGGCCUAUAAAGACCUACAGUCUCGGGAGGAGACUCGAAAUGCUGCCUGGAGGAAGAGGGGCUGGGACCAAAAUGUCUACUACACAGUCCCACUGGUGCGACACAUGGAGUCUCGGAUCAUGAUCCCUUUGAAGAUCUCGCCUCUCCAGUGA